UUUCUUUUCAACCUGCUAUUGUAGGUUAACUACACACGACAGUAAAAAAUAAUAAAUUAAGAAAAAAAAUUGUUGUUACUGUCUCUUACAUUCUCUUGCAUACUGUUGAUAGGUGGUGUGAGAUAUAAUUGUAUACACUGUAAUUAAAAUAAAAGUGUUUAAUAAAUAAUAAUAAAUAUGUCGACGGAUUUUUAUAUAAGAUAUUACGUUGGUCACAAAGGUAAAUUUGGCCACGAAUUUUUGGAAUUUGAAUUUCGUCCUGACGGUAAAUUGCGCUAUGCAAACAACUCAAAUUACAAAAAUGACACCAUGAUCCGUAAAGAAGCUUAUGUACAUCAAUGUGUUAUGGAGGAAUUAAAAAGAAUAAUUCAAGAUUCAGAAAUAAUGCAAGAAGAUGAUUCCUUGUGGCCACAACCAGACCGAGUUGGUAGACAAGAGUUGGAAAUAGUAAUUGGAGAUGAGCAUAUAUCAUUUACAACUUCGAAAACUGGUUCUCUCCUUGAUGUUAAUCAAUCUCGUGAUCCAGAAGGACUUCGUUGUUUCUACUAUUUGGUUCAAGAUCUUAAAUGUCUUGUUUUCUCGCUCAUUGGACUUCAUUUCAAAAUCAAGCCAAUAUAAACAAAAUUUAACAAAUAUACUUUUUCAUCAUUAUCUUGAUCUUUUUUUUUUAUUAUCAUUUUGUAAUUCCAUAAUCAAAACAUCCUACAUGUAUUACUUUGAAUAAAAUAAAAUUUCAAUAAUCUUUAUAA